UGGAAAAUAUGUUGGCAUAAGUGUAUUGUGUCGGAAGGGGAUUAUUUUGAAGGCGACGAAAUAGAUUUGGAAGAAUAAAUAAAUAUUUUUUGAAAUAAAUAAAAACUGGUCUUAUACUUUUUGGACACAGUAGUAUAAGACCUUUUUAGGAUUUAGUUUAAAGUUAGGAAAUUAUUGUCAGGAGUUAUAGUUAGAGUAUUGUCUUAUAAUUCUAGAAACGUUUAUAUAUUAAAUAAUUCAUUCUCAUUUUUAUAGAUUCAGCUUCUGCUCCAUCGCUGGAGACAACCUUGUUUGUCUCUUCGUGGGAUCGAGGGUGCUUUCAGUGAGCCAGGAGAGCCAAGACAGUUAUUCCAAGAAAGGUUAUUGGUAAAUUUUCAAUCAGAAUAGUUCCUGAUAUGACUCCAGAUAAAACAGUUGAAAAGGUAGUCGCAUACAUGAAUAAGGUAUGGCAAGAUAGAGGUAGCCCAAAUAUCAUGAAUGUGAGCAUGUACCAUGGCAGCAAGGCAUGGUCCGAGAAUCCUGAUCAUCCACAUUAUCUAGCUGGCCGGAAAGCUACCAAACAUGUUUAUCAUGUAGAACCUGAUCUUUCCCGCGAAGGUGGCUCGAUUCCUGUCACAUUAACAUUCCAGGAAGUUACUGGCAAGAAUGUAUUACUCUUACCAGUUGGUGCAGGUGAUGACGGAGCGCACUCGCAAAAUGAAAAGUUGAAUAUAUUCAACUAUAUUCCUAAGGGACAAAGUUACUUGGAGCUUAUCUUUAUGAAGUAGCUCAGCUAUAAUAUCUUGUUAGUAUUUAUCUAUCAAGGAUUUAAGAGGUAUAUUGGGUUUUCUGUUAUUACAGAUUUAUGGUAUAUUAUGGCAAGAUUAACUAAUUAUAUACAUUAAUUAUA